AUGUCCACGAGCCCCCUCGAUGGCCCUCGAUCUGUCCGGUUGCAUGCACUUGUGGAACACUCGGGGCUUGGACUGAAUUUGGUGAGCCGAUGUCGAAUACUCAUUCCGCCUAAAGAUGUCGAAAUGCUGGUGGCUGGCAACUGGCAUCUUCCUGCAAAGAUUGCUAUACUCGGCAGUCGGCUUCGACGGCGGACACUCGGCGUCCUCAUUCUCUCACCAUUCGUGGUGGUACUCCUGUUUAGCACGAUCAGCUACGAUCCGUUUGGAAUCCAGCCCCUGCUCAGCCUGCUGCCCGCGCGCUUCUGGCCCUUCCAGAAAUCUCCACCAAUCAGCAACAUUAACAUGUCGCCCCCCGUCAAGAGAACGGCCGCCGUCAUCUUCAGCCACGGCCUCGGCGACUCGUCUGCCGGGUGGUCCUUCCUGGCCGAACAGCUUGGUUCGCACAUGCCUUGGGUCAAUUGUUUCCCAGACGCCCCAGUCCAACCAGUGACGCUGAACAUGGGAGCAAGGAUGCCAUCGUGGUUUGACAUUUUAGGCCUCCGACCGGAUGCCCCGGAGGACGAAAAAGGGCUUCUUGAAAGUGUGAAGACCAUUCAAUCGUUGGUCGAGAAGCAGGUCCAAGCAGGCAUUCCCUCGGAGAGAAUCGUUGUCGGUGGUUUUUCACAAGGUGCUGCGAUUUCCAUCCUCACCGGUCUCAUGACUCCUUCCCCAUUGGCCGGGGUGGCUUGCCUAUCAGGAUUUCUGACCUUGAAAGACAAGAUCAAACAACUCCAAGGUCCUCACGCUUCUAAGCUGAACGUCUUUUGGGGGCAUGGUACUGAUGAUCCAGUUGUUCAGUACCAAUGGGGGGCCAAAUCGGUUGAUUUCCUUAAGGAAGACUUAGGGCUAACAAAUGUUGAAUUCAAGUCUUAUCCAGAUUUGGUACAUAGUGCUUCGCCGCUUGAAUUAAGGCAUCUUUUGGAAUGGUUGUUGGCUCAUCUUCCCAACCAAUAG